AUGGUCCCCAAAGAAGAAGCCCUGUACCCAGGGAUUGUCAAGCUGCUCCAGCACUUCAGGUGGACCUUGAUUGGCCUCCUUGCACCAGACACCAACAAUGGAGAGAGGUUCCUGAAGAGCUUGACGCCGGUGCUCAUCAAGAGCGGUGUCUGUGUUGUUAUCUCACAAAGCAUCUAUGGACUGAAUACAAAUGUGGUAGAAAUGGAUCGUCUUCCAUUCCUCAAGUGGAGGCAAGUGCAUGUAUUUGUUUACUACGGGGAAAUGACUUAUUUCUUAGAUGGACUAUUCAUUAUACAACAGAUGUUUGACAUACUGCUGAAAUCCAUUGUUGGGAAAUUCUUCAUCACAACAGCUAUGUGGGAUGUCUCCGUGGAACUGAUGUAUAAUGACAUAUCUUUCCAACACAUCCUUGGUAUAUUUUCCUUCUUCACUGAGACAAGCAAAAGGGCAACAUCCGAUGGUUUUCCAUCCUUUUUCUCUGGUAUUAAGAAGUUUUGGGAGGGUGCUUUUAAUUGUUCCUAUUCAAAGCAUUCAUCCUCGGUGAAAGGCUGGACAGGAUGCAGAGAGAGAGAGAAACUGGAGAUGUUUCCCCAAGACGAUCUGGAAAGAAUCCUCUCUCUAGACAGCUACAGGAUCUACAACACUGUCCAAGCCGUGGCUCAUGCCUUAAAUGCUGCAUAUUCAUCUAGAGCUAAGCAGAGGGCUAAUGAGAGAACGGGACUUCAAAGGCUACAGCCAUGGCAGACCCUUCCUACUUCCAGGUGUGUGGAAAGCUGUCGCCCUGGAUCCUUCAAGGUGAUUCAGGAAGGGAAGCCUCUUUGCUGUUAUGAAUGUCUUCCCUGUGCAGAAGGGACCAUCUCCACUCAGGAAGAUGCAGAACACUGCACCAAAUGUCCAGAUGAUCAGUAUCCAAACAAGGAUCAGUUUCAGUGUAUUCCCAAACUGAUCACCUUUCUGGCCUAUGAAGACUCUUUGGGAAUAGUCCUGGCGUCCAUUGCUCUAUUCUUGUCCUUAACCACUGUCUUUGUGUUAAGAGUCUUUAUUAAAUACAAACACACUCCCAUAGUCAAAGCCAACAACCGGGAUCUCUCCUACAUCCUCCUGGUCUCCCUCCUGCUCUCCUUCUUGUCCUCCUUCCUGUUCCUUGGGCAGCCAAGAGAAGCCACCUGCCUUCUCCAGCAAAUAACCUUCUGUGUGAUCUUCACAGUUGCUGUUUCUUCUGUGUUGGCAAAAACCAUCACGGUGGUGCUGGCCUUUCUGGCUACAAAGCCAGGGAACAGGGUGAGGAGAUGGCUGGGGAAGAGUCUGGCCAACUCCAUUGUCCUUUCCUGUUCCAGUGUCCAAGUUGUCAUCUGUACCAUCUGGUUGGGAUACUCACCCUCGUUUCCAGACUCUGACAUGCACUCCCAGAUGGGAGAAAUUAUUCUGCAAUGUAACCAAGGGUCUGUGGCCAUGUUCUAUGGUGCCCUCGGCUACAUGGGCUUCCUGGCUGCCAUCUGCUUCACGGUGGCUUUCCUAGCCAGGAAGCUGCCUGGGGCUUUUAAUGAAGCCAAGCUGAUCACCUUCAGCAUGCUGGUCUUCUGCAGUGUUUGGGUGUCCUUUGUUCCCACCUACCUGAGCACCAAGGGGAAAUACAUGGUAGCCGUGCAGGUCUUCUCUAUGUUGGCCUCCAGUGCUGGGCUUCUGGGCUGCAUCUUUAUUCCCAAAUGCUACAUUAUUGUGCUGAGACCUGAUCUGAACACAAAGGAGCACCUGACAGCAAAAGCUAAAGAUAGCAUCUGA